AUGUCCGUAACCCCACCACUUCCUACUUCUCCCUCCAAUACGUCCUUGGUGAUCACGUAUAAUGCCAUGUCAGGUACUGCAAUUUCCGACGAUCUCAUGAAAUUGUGUGCGCAACUCUUCAGUCAACCAGUCAAGAUGACUGCUAGCAAGUUGCGAAGCCAAUCUGUUUCCAUUCCAGAAUGUACUGUCCUGGUGACGUGUUUUCAGCAUGAGAAACUCGUCGGUCAUGCCUUCGCAAGUGUCUGGUCUUUUGAAGGAGGUGUGGUUGGGUGGAUCACUCAGCUCGUCGUUGACAAGAGUCUGCGUAGACGAUACAUUGCAACUCAGCUGUUGCAAACCCUCAAGGUUCACCCCUUGUUUCAAAGAGUCACAGCUGUUGGCCUUGUUUCGUCUCAUCCUGCCGCAUGCACUGCUUUGGCAAAGUAUGCCGGUGUCAGUGUGCAUGCAGUCGACUUGUCUUUCAUUCGUGAAAAUGCGGCGAAGGUUCUGGAGGCCUCCACCGUUGACUACCUCAAAAGCGGACAACUUCGCGGUGCUCUCUUUCAGGAGAACGUAGGCACUGGGGCUGUCUCGUCUGCAUUCACUGAAUUUUAUGUUGAUCACGCGGAACCGUCGAAGGCGUUGGAAAAAUUCAAAGCGAGGGGUAAAUGGUGCUUGGGUGAACUUCUCGAAGGACACGAAUAUCUUGCUCUCUUUUCUGUGUCGCCUUUGAGUGAUUGAUAUUAGCGGCUUAGGUAUGUAAUCUUUGCAGUGGUGCGCAAGCCGGGAGCCUGGGCCAUGGCCUUCCUUGUAGGUGCAAUACUAUGCUUAGGGUCAGACAUGAUACAUGAUAGACUAGCUUACGCCAAGUUGUCGUCGACAUCAGGUUGGCCUAGAGCGACAAUAAACGUGAUUUUUGCGCUGCGGCCCAGAUCUGACAAAUUCGAGG